GACAGGCAGAGCCGGAGAAGCCCGACGUUUCUUCCGGUGGUGGUCCCCUAUCCUCUCCGUCCGGGCUCCUCCUACCAGGAGCCCUGGGGCUCGACCGGGAAGUGGGUCCCUGGAGAUCUCGGCUCUGAGCCCCGCCCUAGCCCCGGGCUGCUUCCUAGGGGACACCUCAGGCCUAGCAUUCCACCUGUCGGAGGCACUGAACUGGCCACUUGAGGAGCAUCACCUCUUAUUCCUCAGAACAUUCCAGGGAGUUUUACAGGAUCCCAUCUCCUGGGCCAUGAGUGAGCUGAAGGACUGCCCAUUGCAAUUCCAUGAUUUCAAGUCUGUGGACCACCUGAAGGUCUGUCCCCGGUACACGGCAGUGCUGGCCCGCUCCGAGGACGAUGGCAUUGGUAUUGAGGAGCUGGACACUCUGCAGCUGGAGCUUGAGACCUUGCUGUCCUCGGCAAGCCGGCGACUGCGUGUACUGGAAGCUGAAACCCAGAUCCUUACUGACUGGCAGGAUAAGAAAGGUGACAGACGAUUCCUGAAGCUGGGUCGAGACCAUGAGCUUGGUGCUCCCCCCAAACAUGGGAAGCCCAAGAAACAGAAACUGGAAGGGAAGGCAGGGCAUGGACCAGGCCCUGGCCCAGGACGACCCAAAUCCAAAAAUGUUCAGCCAAAGAUCCAGGAAUAUGAAUUCACUGAUGACCCAAUCGACGUGCCUCGGAUCCCCAAGAACGAUGCUCCCAACAGGUUCUGGGCCUCUGUGGAACCCUACUGUGCGGAUAUCACCAGUGAGGAGGUACGAACACUGGAGGAGCUCCUGAAGCCUCCUGAAGAUGAAGCCGAACAUUAUAAGAUUCCCCCUCUGGGAAAGCACUACUCCCAGCGCUGGGCCCAGGAGGACCUGCUAGAGGAACAGAAGGAUGGGGCUCGGGCAGCAGCUGUGGCUGACAAGAAGAAAGGCCUCAUGGGACCACUGACUGAACUGGACACCAAAGAUGUAGACGCUCUGCUGAAGAAGUCUGAGGCCCAGCACGAGCAGCCAGAAGAUGGGUGUCCCUUUGGUGCCCUGACACAGCGCUUGCUGCAGGCCCUGGUGGAGGAAAAUAUUAUUUCCCCUAUGGAGGACUCGCCUAUUCCUGAUAUGUCUGGGAAAGAAUCAGGGGCUGAUGGAGCAAGCACCUCUCCCCGAAAUCAGAACAAACCCUUCAGUGUGCCCCACACCAAGUCCCUGGAGAGCCGCAUCAAGGAGGAGCUGAUUGCACAGGGCCUCCUGGAGUCGGAAGACCGGCCUGCAGAGGACUCAGAGGAUGAGGUCCUCGCUGAGCUGCGCAAACGGCAGGCUGAGCUGAAGGCACUCAGUGCACACAACCGCACCAAGAAGCAUGACCUGCUGAGGUUGGCAAAGGAGGAGGUGAGCCGGCAGGAGCUGAGGCAGCGGGUCCGCAUGGCAGACAAUGAGGUCAUGGAUGCCUUUCGCAAGAUCAUGGCUGCCCGGCAGAAGAAGCGCACCCCUACAAAGAAGGAAAAGGACCAGGCCUGGAAGACCCUGAAAGAGCGGGAGAGCAUCCUGAAGCUCCUGGACGGGUAGCGUCACCUGCUGCUGGCCCCCUCCCUGGCCCAUCAGAAGCCUACUUCCUUUGAAACCUUGGCUGGGGGCUGCCCAUCAAAUGACAACAGUCUCAGGCCACUCAGCUGAGCUUUGGACAGCCAGCAGGCAAGGCCAUCCUACAAUCUCCUCGACACCUUUCCCUUAAGGACUUCUUCCUUGUGGUUUUGUAAAGUACAAACUUAUGAAUAAAGUGACUGCUGUGUUUUUUUUAAAAAA